CCAGCAUCCCACAAAAAUGAAAGCGAUCACCUCUUUGGCCUAUCUUUUCGUGAUUGUGUUGGUGGAAUAUAAUACCCCUUGGAGUGCGGCGAUUGGCUUGAAUGAAAUUUGUGAGCACUCGGUCAAGCUGAAAACCGACUUGCAGGGGCCCGGAGAAAUCCAGCCGACAUCCCUGCAGCCCCAGGCGUUUUUGGAGCAUUCCUUCGAGACCAAAGUUCGCAUCAAAGACGAUUUCGUCUACAUCAAUAACCCAUUCCCUGGAAAAUGCUAUGCAUCAGUCAAACUAGAUGAUCAAGUACUGGCCCCGUUGACCACUUUGAACGACAUCAAUGGCCUGAAUGUGAUCCCUAAGAAGGAGCUUGAUGCGAUACAUUGCGUCGCUCGAUUAGAAUCUUCCAAGCCACCUGACUCAGAAAUAAAAGUGAGGUACCAUAUUGACGAUCAAUUAAUCGCGUCGUUGUUGGAUGGUACUGCAGGAUUUUCCCGCAGCGAUCGAGUUAUAUCUCCAACGAAUUCCCCGGAGCACUCACUCAGUCAAUCGUCACUAGGCUCGACCGGAACGCGUUACAUUGAUGCCCCAUACUCCUGGCGCAAUGGCGAACCAUCCUGGCGUAGUGACGGCGAAGUCCAAGGUGACAAUACCGCAUACCCGCAACAUAGUGAUAGCUUAUCUCGCGACAGUGAUUUCGGAUCCCACUCCAGUGAAGACCGAUUCCAUCACCACGAUUCCGAAAGCGAGGACAGCGAGUCAUCAUCCAAACGAAACUCGUACUAUUUUCCAGAAGAGAAGGACCCAGCCAGCGAACCCGAGGAAGAAGAAACGGCAAGCUUAUUGCACCGAGACGCCUCGCAAGAUGGACCUGCCAAGAAACUCAAACCUUGGUCCUUCCGGAGGCUCUUGAAAUUGCAAAACAAAAAGGAAAAUAAGUAGACUGAAAAGCUGAGAAUCAAGUUGACCUCACAGGCGCUGAAAAGACACAUGAUCGUCUUGAUCGCAGUACUAGAAGCCAGCCUCUUGAAGCUGUUGUUCGUUUUCUUUGAUCCUUCUGACCCAAUCCCGUUUUAAUCAUAAUAGCUGUUCUGAAGUUUUGUUAGUGAUAUUGCCACGGAUCCAUACAUUCAUGAAUGAGAGCUGAACAUCAUAAACUCCUCAAGCUGCUGUCCAGCAAUUCUCCAAUCAAUCAUCCCGACACAAUCCUCCAUCAAUUUCGCUUUGUCAAAGCAACGGAAUCGACCGAUGAACUUGAUUCUUAUACCCCUGUG